AUGGCCGAAGCUACACUUAAUUACCAAACAAUUCGUACAACACAUGCGGCUCGCGAAGCUGAUGAUUUGCGAGUUGAAAACCGAAAAAAGAAUUUAAUUAUUCUUGUACUUCAAUGGCUUGCUGAAGAAGGAUAUGUUGAAUCUGCUCGUCAACUUGAACAUGAAACAAAUCUUGAUGUUACUAAAUAUGAUGUUUGUGAUAACAUUGAUCUUGACACAAUUCUUCAAGAAUACGAGUCUUAUUUUUAUAUUAAAUUUAAUAAAUAUCCGAAAUUGACAAAAAAAAAUGUAUCGACGGGUAAGUUAAUUCUAUUUGCUUUCAUAAUACAACCGAAACGAACAAACGGUGUUCGUGAAGUACGAACUCGAAAUGGCAUUAUGAUUGAAUUCCCUCAAGGCAUCGACAAGCAAUUAGUAUCACUAAAGAAACCAAUAUUUCCUUUUGUUCCUCCAUUUUUGAGUAAAAUCUCUGCUAAACUAGCCAGUGCCCAAGCGAGUGCUCGUCGUAGUAAUAUUCCAUCAUUACCGCGUGUUGGCAAUAAUGGAAAUGACACUACAGCAAAUACAGCAGCAACAACAACAGCAACAUCUUCUACUAGUCAAUUUACCCGUCCACCAUCAGCAGGUGAUGCACUACGGAAGAUUGCUUUCACCCGUAAACUGAAUCGAUCUAAUUCCGAGAAAAUCAAUGCCCAUUUAACAACAUCCUCAAGUUUACAAACUUCAACCCAACAGCUAGGAAAUAAUAAUCAGAAUCAUUCGACAAAUUCAUUAGAAGAAAUGAGUCUUUCGUUUAUGAAAGUCUCUUCUGUAAAAACAACAACAUCAACAACUGAACAACAGCAGCAGCAGCAACAACAACAACAACAACAACAAAAUGGAAAUAAGAAGAAAUUUCCUAAUACGAUAAUCGAUUGUCGUGCGAUUAUAAAUGAUGCGCUUCGUGUACCCGUCGAAGACAAUGCUGAUCCAACUGAUCGUUUAUUGAAACCUCUAGGUGGAUUUACUGGUUAUAAUUCUGAAUGGCGUGAAUUAGCUGAAGUUGUCAGUCGGUAUGAUUACAAGCACGAAACAAAAGAAAAAUAA